CUGCCGGCGGCCAUUUUGUUUUCCGCCGCCGGUCAAGGGUACCCGGGAGAGUGGUGGAACGUGUGGACGAUGUUCCCCUUAGCGAGGCGGGCUCUGGGCCUCGCGGCCCGUAGCAUUCAACAUACCGUGAAGAGACAAGCUGGCCAUAAACAUGAACCUGAUUUUCAUGACAAGUAUGGCAAUAUGAUUCUACUUAGUGGAGCUACAUUUUGUGUUGCCGUCUGGACCUAUGUUGCAACACAAAUCGGGAUUGACUGGAAUUUGUCUCCUGUUGGUCGAAUCACUCCAAAAGAAUGGAGGCAAGACUAGAGAGUCUUGUAAACCCUCCUCUGAAAAGUUGGGAGUAACUCUUACUGAUUUGAGCUUUUGCUGGAUUGUAUUUGUGCUGGCCGAAUAAUGGCACUGUGCUCUGUCUUAUCUGUGAUGCAAUAAAUAUAUUUAAAAUCAA